UAUGCGCUAUGGCUUUAGCGUUGUGGCUACGUGGCAUAGGUUCGUGCGUCGCGGCGCUGGCGAUGUCCACUGACGUCAUUUAUGACGUGGGCGACUUCUACGGCAUCCUGGGCAAGGGGCUGACGGCCAGCCAAGUCUUCGUCGAGACGCAAGUCGAACGCACCUGCGAGUGCCGUAUGCGGUGCUUCGUGCACACGGCGUGCGUGGCGUUCAGUGUUCGCCCGCACCCACACGGCGCGCUCGUGUGCGGGCUGGCCAGAGAAAACGUGUACGUCAACAGGCCAGGCGACGUCCCUGGGGCUUCGUACUUCGUCAGGAAACAGCUCGUGGAACCUUGGGCCAUCGACCGUCUGAUUUACCGCCGCUUGACCACCCAAGUUCAGGGCUACGCAGCCAGCAAGGCGGCCUGCGAGGCCAUCCCCGGCUUCCGCCUGAUUGCCGUCAUGUUCGAGGCCCAGAUGUCCAUCCUGCUGGAGUUGUGCCUCGGCAGGGAACCCAACCUCGGAGAGACACAGUGCGAAGACCGUACCAGGUGGUUCUACGUUGACAUGGUCAAGAUCAACAACGUACCCAUGAUACGAGGGGAGAUACCCUUGUCUGAGACCGAUAUUAGCAGCGUCCAUAUCAACGACCAAUCUGCAUACUUCCUGUAUGCAGCUGGAGGGAUGCUGCACGACGAUAACCCGACGACCUGGAAAUCUUUUCCUGUCUGUCAGGCCAACGUCUUUGCUGCGAACUGGUAGAUAGAGAGUUAAUAGCGUUAAAAAAAUAAAUAUAAGUAAAAUUCGCGAUUGUUUCUGUGUUGAGCUCGUAGUCUGUUUAAUUCCUUACAUAACGCUCAGUCUGUUUAAU